AUGCGCGCAGUUUCGUUUCUUCACUUCUUUCCUUUUUUACUCACAGGGCGCAAAAGAAACUCAAAGUUUCGUCAGUGUGAGAAAAUGGGUGGCAUUUGCAAGUCUCAGAAAACUCACGGAUGCUCUAUCCUGCCUGCAGAAUGCAAGAGUCGAUACAAACACUGCUGUAGGUUGUGAUGGCCAGUUGCUGAUACAUGCAGUACUUCCAGAGAGCAGUCAACUGCUCUGAUUUCUGGGAAAUAAAAACACCAUUAUGUACAGCUA